AACACUAGUCACCCUGUUGUUGAAGAACACAGAGCUGUCGGCGAAGGAAAAGACAAAGUCAGCGACAAUGUCUCUUUAUACAGCGCUUCUCUUUCUGCUGGUUUCUGAGGUACUGGUCACGCGGGCGUCUCGCGACGGGCCCCCCGGCGCGGACGGGUCGCGUGCUGGCGCGCGACGGAAGCGGCAGGAGUGUCGCUAUGGGGAUUAUAACCACAAGGACAACAUCUGCUGCAGCUGCCCUGCUGGGGAAUAUGUUGAAAAACACUGUACUCAGAACAACCCGACCAGCACAAAGUGUCUCAAAUGUGAUGAAGGAUUUUACACCGCAUCUAGUAAUUCCUUGGAGAGCUGCGAACGGUGCCGCUCGUGUAAUGAGAACUUGCUUCAGGAAGUGGAGAUCAAUUGUACUUACACUAAGAAUGCAGAGUGUAAAUGUAUGGAAGGACACUACUGUGCCGAACAUGAAUGCAAAAGCUGUUUGCCUUGUGACAAGUGUGACGGCCGUAAGAUUGUACAACCGUGCACAAAUAAAAGUAACACUAUCUGUGAACGUCAGGAUCAGAGAACAGAUCACAGUACCGCCAUUGCUGUUGCUUUUGCAGUUCUUAUAAUUUUAAUUGCAUUACUAUCAAUGGCUUGGUGUAUUUGGAAAAAAAAAUGUACAAGAGGUCCUCUACAGCCUCCAGACGAACCCGAUGAGUAUGAUAAGAUGAACCCUCUUCUGAGAGAUAUUGACCUCAGCCCCCACCUUUACACUAUUGUGGAUGAACUUGGACACAAGACGGUCAAAGAAUUAGCUAUUCGAAGCGGGAUCGCACAGGCCACAAUCGAUAUGCACGUCGACAGCUAUCCGAAUAACAUACGGGAGCAGUGCUACAACAUACUGAAGGACUGGUAUGAAAGGCAGGGUCUUGAAAAUGCCUGCAAUGUGUUAAAUAACGAGCUCAGGAAAAUGGGCCAGAAAACAUCUGCAGACAAACUAAUCCAAACAUUUAGCAAACACGUUAAUAAAAACAAGGAGUCGGCUUGAAUAAAAUUUGAAGGGAUGAUCAUGACUGCCCCUGCAAGAGUACAUCAUCCAGAACUCAUCACUCUUCUGUUACUGGAAUUGAGAGCAUCACCCACUGGGCCCGCGGGUCAUGGCUCCCUCCCUCUGCAUCCCGGAGUUAUCUGAGAAGCACAGUGAUGCUCAGUUGAAUCCGUUGUCACAUGAGUUGGUUAACACAGUUUUACAGAUUCUGGAUACAUGAACUGAACACUAAAUGUGCAGUAACUGCAUGAUGUUCUGGAUUAAGGCCCUUUGUUUAAAAAAAAAAAAAAAAAAAAGAGACU